GGCUUUCAUAGAAAAAGGGAAAAAUGGAAAUCUCUUUUUUCUUCUCUGUUCUUCCGUAAAAUAAAGAAAACGAAAUCGAAAUCGAUGAUGAAUGGGUAAGAUGGGUAGGAAUCGAAGACAUUCUGCUGAUUUCAGGGUAUUGUAGAAUCAUUAUUCUGGCUCCAAGGGCCUGCUGUAAGUUUGCUGGUCAGGAUCUUUCACUGGUAUAAUAAAGCAAAGAAACCAUGAUAGAUAAAAGUUGGACAGAGGAGCCCGACAAAUUGAGUAAAAAGUUUCGGUCAGGUGUUGAUUCCUUUAUUGAGAUGACCAAAAAUCAUCUCAUAAGAAUCAAAAAGGACAAGUGUCGAUGCCCUUGUAAACAAUGCUUGAAUGGAAACGACCCAGUUUCCUUAGAUUUGGUCAAGAAUCAUUUGCUUAAAUAUGGAAUGGCAGUUAGUUAUAGAUAUACAAUAUGGUAUGAUCAUGGAGAAGAAGACAACCCUGCACAAGAUCAGUCAGCGUCAAGUUCUGUCAAUGUCCAUAAUGAUGAAACAACUUUUAUUGGGAAUGAAAAUGAGGCUAUACUUGAGAUGUUACGUGAAAAUGUUGAAUCCUUAACUUCUGAUGGGAAGGAUGGAGGGGAGAAAACUAGUGAAGCUGAUUUAGCCAUAUUUUCCGCAUUAUUAGAUGAAGCUAAGCAAGAGCUAUAUCCUGGUUGUAAGGACUUUACGUCGUUAACAUUCUUGGUAAGGUUAAUGCAUAUCAAAGUUCUUAACCGCCUGAGUAAUAAAAGUUUCGAGAUGCAUCUGGAGUUACUUAAAAAAGCUUUUCCAAAGAACAACAACAUUCCCAGUUCAUAUUAUGAAGCUAAAAGAAUGUUGAAGGGUUUAGGAUUGGGUUAUGAGUCAAUUCAUGCUUGUAAAAACGAUUGUGCUUUAUUCUGGAAAGAGUAUGAAAAGGAAGACAAAUAUCCGGUAUGCAGUGAAUAUAGAUACAAGUUUAAUGACGGUAAAGGUAAGAAGAUCCCACACAAGGUGCUGCGUUAUUUUCCUUUACAACCAAGACUGCAGAGACUGUUUUCGUCAAAACACACAGCUCGUGACAUGAGAUGGCAUAAGGGCAGACAUGUCGAAGAUGGUGUUUUUAGGAAUCCAGCUGAUGCUGAAGCAUGGAAGGAUUUUGAUGCGCGGUAUCCAUGGUUUGCGGCAGAACCUCGUAAUGUGAGGUUGGGUCUUGCUACUGAUGGGUUUAAUCCCUUUGGAAAUAUGAGCAAUGCGUAUAGCUUGUGGCCAGUGGUGCUGAUGUCGUACAACCUCCCUCCUUUUAAGUGCAUGAAGCAACCUUUUUUCAUGAUGUCGUUACUUAUUCCUGGACCGCAAGCACCUGGCAAUGACAUUGAUGUAUAUUUGCGCCCUUUAAUCGAUGAGUUAAAAGAGCUGUGGGAUGUCGGUGUGGAAACUCGUGAUGUCUCGACAGGAAAAGUUUUUUGUAUGCAUGCAGCUGUGUUAUGGACCAUAAAUGACUUCCCGGCAUACGCUAAUUUAUCUGGUUGGAGUACAAAAGGGUAUCUCGCCUGUCCCAUGUGUAAUGAUGACCCGCCUUCACGGAAACUGAGAAGCAAGAUAGGUUAUUUGUGUCACCGACGGUUCUUGAAUCCUGGUCAUACCUGGCGAGAUAGCAGACUUCAUGAUGGACAUAAAGAAAAACGGGAUCCACCGGAAGAGAAAACAGGGGAGCAACUGUUGCAGCAAAUGCAGAAUCUUGGGAUCAAUAGUUUCGGAAAACAUCCGAGUUACUCAACUAAGAAAAGAAAGCGUUCCAAGGAAGAACUGAGUUGGACGAAGAAGAGUAUCUUCUACGAGCUUCCAUAUUGGAAACAUCUCAAAAUCAGACAUAAUAUUGAUGUUAUGCAUGUGGAGAAGAAUAUAUGUGAUAACAUUGUCGGAACGAUGUUAGGUAUUGAUGGGAAAAACAAGGAUACAGAGAAAGCUCGGUUAGAUUUGGAAGAUAUGAACAUUAGGAAAGAAUUGCAUCUACGGCCUAAGGGAGAUAAAUUCGAAAACCCCCCAGCAUGUUAUACAUUAAAACCAGAACAAAGAAGAGAUUUUUGUAAGUUUUUGAGGUCGGUGAAGUUCCCAGAUGGUUAUGCGGCUAACAUAUCGAGGUGUGCUAACAUUGCUGAUGGAAAGAUACAUGGUCUGAAAAGCCAUGACUGCCACAUCUUGUUACAAAGACUUCUUCCUGUUGGAAUUCGUGCUUAUCUUCGCAAAGAUGUGUGUACUGCCAUAAUUGAUUUGUGUAACUUCUUUCAUGAUUUAUGUGCAAAGACUUUGACUAUGAGUCACCUGGAUAAAUUAGAAAAGGAUAUUGUAUUGAUCCUUUGUAAGUUGGAGCGAAUAUUCCCACCAGCAUUUUUUGAUGUGAUGGUUCAUUUGGCUGUUCACUUUCCACGGGAAUCAAAACUUGUUGGACCAGUUGGAUGUAUCCAAUCGAAAGGUACUUAGGAACACUUAAACGCUACGUGGGAAAUAAAGCGCGCCCAGAAGGUUCAAUUGCAGAGGCUUACAUCAUUAAUGAAUGCUUGACAUUCAUCUUGAUGCACUUCACCGAAACUGAAAGUAAAUUUAAUAGGAAAGAACGAAAUGAUGAUGAAUUAGAUGGCAGUCUACGACGCCAAGGAACAAUAUCUGUUUUCGCUCAAAAAGUCCGCCCAACUGGCGCUACAGAAAUAAAGUCAUUGUCACCAGAAGAACGA